AUGACCUCAGCUGGGCACAUUCAACGGCUUUUGGCCAUCGUGAGUGGGACUCCGGAGGUGAACACAGCGCAGCAGCCCCCAAAGGAAGAUUCGCAGAAACCUCUGAAAAAGCAGCAAACCAGUCGUCCCAAAAGGGGGAAAACCACCGAACGAGACCUGCUUGAGAAAAAAGAGGAGAAGAAAGUACCAAUCCUAACGCCAGAAGCCAAGAUGUUUGCCUGUCAAAUCCUCAUGAAAGCUGCAAAGAAGGAGGAAGUUCGACAAAUUCUGCAUGAUGCUGGUGCCGAACGCAGUCUGCUUGCCCUUCUGACCAACGAGGACGCAGAGGUUCGGGCCGCCGCAGCUAAUGUGAUCGCUGUGUUUGCGGAGCACAGCUUGGUCCAACAGACCAUCGCGAAAAUGGGUAGAGAUUUUUUGGGAGUCAGCAAUGCCGUGGAGACCCUAGUCAGCUUCUUGAGUCAGACAGGCCUCUGGAACGAGGCCAUACUGCUCAACACCCUGACAACGAUUUCCAAUUUGGCAAACGAAACUGUCGGACGCAAUAAACUACUGGCGGCUUCCGUCAUUAAAGGCCUCACUGUGGUUUUGACCUCAAGAUACCACCGGAUACGAGCAAAAUCUGUUGGCCUACUGGCCAACCUUUUGCUGGAUGACUCUGCACGUCAGGAGUUCAUUACGUCUGGCGGACUUCCUGCCUUGGCUAAUCUGCUUUCAUCUGCCUAUCCGGAGACUAGGCGGUCAGCAUGUUCCGCCAUCUGUUCCGUCGUGAGGGACACCAAAACUGCAAGUGUGCUUUACGAUCUGGGGUAG